UGGGCCUAGUCGCAGCCCAGCCCAGCAAUGAGGGGCAGCAGCCAAGCACCACUAAAAAAGCUGGUUCAGUUGGGGUAGACCCACUGCAGCGUAGCGUAGCGUGAGGUGAGCUCCAAGAUAAUAUUUCUCUUCUCCUCGAAAUCUUUCCCAACUAUUGCUUUCAUACCUACACAACACUUACCAGUCUCCCCUUCAUUGACCAUGUUGAGAGAUUUUGAGCCAAGCAAGCUUGUGAGUUCCAUUCUUGUCAUAAUCGUCUCAAUAGUCUAUAAUGGUACCAUCUUCUAACGAUCGUCACCAUUCAGCAAACCUAGGAACUUUAUCUUUCCCCGACCAGCUUUCCUUGAAAGAAGAUUCCACCAACAUCACCAUACGAAAAGCAUAACGAUAUUUUUUAGUCAAACAAAACCCAACAAUCCUCUCUGAGAGGUGGCAGAAUCCCCAUUGAGUGUCAAGAAGUACGAUUGAGAAAAAGGUUCAAUCCUUUACUCUGCACCAUGGCUUUCUCCAUCCGCGCAGCAACUCUUUCAAGCUGCUCCCUUCGCCAGAUCAGAAUUCCUUCUGCGGCUGGCAGAAGCUUCACCACCAUCCGCAGCACUCCCAGAUGUCUCUAUCCUAAGACACAAGCUGUCACUGGCAAGAAUGCGCAGCCAAUUCGUCUUUUCUCUGUCUCGGUCACUCGUCGGGACCAAAGCCAGACCGCCCCAAAUGCAAAGGCAUACUUGGAGAGCGGAGUCAUAAAGGGAGCCAAGAACCCUGUGGACGUGAAGAAGGUCCUGGUUAUUGGUUCUGGGGGUUUGGCAAUUGGACAAGCUGGAGAAUUCGACUAUUCAGGUUCGUGGGUUUCCAAUUUUCUUGCCCUUGGAGUGAAAUGAGUCACUUGGGAAAGAAUCUCGGGCACAACCAAUCGCGCUAUAUGUUGCCAUGGGGCUAUUUCUUUGCGCCAUAGCUAUGGAAUCUUUGCACUUUUGUGUGGCACAUUUCGUAAUUGGUGGCACGAGAGGACUUGGCUUUUCAAAAUAGAUAGGCGGGGCUAACACGCUUUCCAUAUAGGAUCCCAGGCUUUGAAGGCUUUGAAGGAAGCUGGAGUGUCUUCAGUUCUCAUCAACCCUAACAUUGCUACUAUUCAGACUGCAGUAAAGUCACCUUCUAUACUAUCCUACACAAAGUUACUGACGAUUUUACUAGCACGUUCUUACCGAUGAAGUCUACUACCUACCAGUUACUCCAGAAUAUGUCACCUAUGUCAUUGAGCGAGAACGUCCCGAUGGUAUCUUCCUCACCUUCGGAGGCCAGACUGCCCUUAACUUGGGUGUUCAAAUGGAGAGAAUGGGUAUCUUUGAGCGAUAUGGCGUAAAGGUUUUGGGUACCAGCAUCAAGACCCUUGAGACAAGUGAAGAUAGAGAUCUCUUCGCUAAGGCUCUUGGUGAGAUCAACAUCCCAGUCGCCCAAUCAAUUGCUGUCGGAACCGUUGAUGAAGCUUUGGAGGCUGCUAAGGAAAUUGGAUAUCCUAUUAUCGUCCGAGCUGCUUAUGCUCUCGGAGGUCUUGGGUCAGGUUUUGCAAACAACAAGGAAGAGCUCCGCAACAUGUCUGCAAGAUCUCUCACCCUGUCUCCUCAGAUUCUGGUCGAAAAGUCUCUCAAGGGGUGGAAAGAGGUUGAAUAUGAGGUGGUCCGUGAUGCCAGCAACAACUGCAUCACUGUCUGCAACAUGGAAAAUUUCGAUCCACUCGGAAUUCACACUGGUGACUCUAUUGUAGUGGCACCCAGUCAAACUCUCAGUGACGAAGAAUACCACAUGCUUCGUUCGGCUGCCAUCAAGAUUGUUAGACAUUUGGGUGUCGUCGGCGAGUGUAACGUCCAAUACGCUUUACAACCCGAUGGACUCGAUUACCGUGUUAUCGAAGUCAACGCCCGUCUAUCCCGAUCAUCUGCACUCGCUUCCAAGGCAACUGGUUACCCUCUUGCUUACACAGCUGCAAAGAUUGGUCUCGGACACACUCUCCCUGAGCUUCCAAAUGCAGUUACCAAGACCACCACCGCUAACUUUGAGCCUUCUUUGGACUACGUUGUUACCAAGAUUCCUCGAUGGGAUUUGGCCAAAUUCCAACACGUGAAGCGUGACAUUGGUAGUGCCAUGAAGUCGGUUGGUGAGGUUAUGGCUAUUGGUCGAACUUUCGAGGAAUCUAUUCAAAAGGCCAUUCGACAGGUGGAUCCCCGCUUCAUCGGAUUCCAAGGCGAUAAAUUCGAGGACCUUGAUUAUGAAUUGGCCAACCCAACCGACCGCCGAUGGCUCGCUGUUGGACAGGCUAUGCUUCACGAGAACUACUCAGUCGACAAGGUUCAUGAUUUGACCAAGAUUGACAAAUGGUUCUUGUAUAAGCUCCAAAACAUCGUCGAUUGCACACGCGAAUUGGAGGAUGUUGGAAGUCUGUUCGGGCUGAAGAAAGAACUCGUUCAAAAGGCUAAGAAAAUGGGUUUCUCUGACAAGCAAAUUGCAAAGGCAGUUGGAAGCACCGAGGAUGAAGUCCGAGCUCGCCGAAAGAACUUUGGCAUCACUCCUUUCGUUAAGAGAAUUGAUACUUUAGCCGCUGAGUUCCCUGCAAACACCAAUUACUGUAAGACCCCAUACUUGGAAAUGUUAUGCUGGGAUAAGUCACAUGACCUUUUCGGCUAUUUUUCAGUCUGCUAACAUGUUGCAGUGUACACAACCUACAACGCCACAACCCACGAUGUAACUUUCGAUGAUCACGGAACUAUCAUUCUGGGAAGCGGUGUCUACAGAAUUGGUAGCUCUGUCGAAUUCGAUUGGUGUGCUGUCAGCGCCACCCUUGCCUUAAAGGAGAUGGGCAAGAAGACUGUCAUGAUCAACUAGUAAGUGAUCUCCGAGUAGAUUCUUCUCAAUGAAACCCACUGACGAUUGAAAUUCAGCAACCCAGAGACCUAUAGGAAAGUAGCUCUUUCGUUCCAAAAAACGCAAAACUAACAUCUCAUAGUACUGAUUUCGAUACUGCCGACAAACUCUACUUUGAAGAGUUGAGCUACGAGCGUGUAAUGGAUAUCUACGAACUCGAGUCUGCUACCGGUGUAGUCGUCUCUGUCGGAGGUCAAUUACCUCAAAACAUUGCUCUUCGUCUUCAAGAAACUGGUGGAGCCAAGAUUCUUGGUACCGAUCCUAAGGACAUUGACAAAGCAGAAGACAGACAAAAGUUUUCCGAAAUCCUUGACAGCAUUGGAGUCGAUCAACCAGCCUGGAAGGAACUUACUUCCGUUGCUGAUGCUGAGGCAUUCGCUGAACAAGUUAGCUACCCCGUCCUUGUUCGCCCAAGUUACGUUCUCUCCGGUGCUGCCAUGACCGUCAUCCGAAGCAAGGAUGAACUCAAAGACAAGCUUGAAGCUGCCAGCAACGUUUCUCCAGACCACCCAGUCGUUAUCACCAAAUUCAUUGAGGGUGCCCAAGAAAUCGAUGUCGAUGCCGUCAGUUCCAAUGGCAAGCUCAUCAUCCACGCUGUCAGUGAGCACGUCGAGCAAGCUGGUGUUCACUCCGGUGACGCUACUCUUGUUCUUCCUCCCGCUUCUCUCGAUCAAGCUACCAUGGACCGUGUCAAGGAAAUUGCCGUCAAGGUUGCCAAGGCAUGGAGCAUCACUGGACCAUUCAACAUGCAAAUCAUCAAGGCCGAUGACCCUGCAGGUGGCUUACCUGCAUUGAAGGUUAUUGAAUGUAACUUGCGUGCUUCCCGCUCUUUCCCAUUCGUCAGCAAGGUUCUUGGUAUCAACUUCAUCGAUGUCGCCACCAAGGCUCUUGUUGGCAAGGGCGUCCCUGAACCAACUGAUCUUAUGGCUGUCAAGCGCGAUUACCUUGCUACCAAGGUUGCCCAAUUCUCCUGGACUCGUCUUGCUGGUGCUGAUCCUUUCUUGGGCGUCGAAAUGUCCAGUACUGGUGAAAUUGCUUGCUUCGGAAAGAACCUCGUUGAGGCUUACUGGGCAUCUCUGCAAUCAACCAUGAACUUCCGUAUGCCAGAGCCAGGAGAAGGUCUUUUGUUCGGUGGAGAUGUCACCAAGGAUUCUCUUACCAAGAUUGUCAACUACUUGUCACCUCUCGGCUACAAGCUUUACGCCGCUGAUCGAAAGGUUAAGGGGUUCCUCGAGUCAACUGCAAGCAACGGCAUCAAGGUGGAGGUUAUUGAAUUCCCAACAGAAGAUAAGCGUGCCUUGAGAGAGGUAUUCCAAAAGUACGAUAUCCGUGGAUGUUUCAACUUGGCCCAGGCCCGAGGAAAGACUGUCCUUGAUGUCGACUAUGUUAUGCGUCGAAAUGCCGUAGACUUUGGUGUGCCACUUUUCAUGGAGCCAAAGGUAAGCUCAACAUUCCCAUUAUUUCCAUUGAUCAUUACUAACACAUUUAUCACAGACUGCCGAGCUUUUCGCCCAAUGCAUGAACGAGAAGUUGCCACGAAAGGAAGGUAUUCCAUCGGAGGUUCGCAGAUGGUCCGAUUUCAUUGGUGGAAAGCCAUUGUAGAUGCUUGAAUUUCCUUUCGUUGAGAUUUAGGUUUCAAUUGUGUAUAAGCUAGGUGUAGUCUCCGGGGGCGUUUGAAACUCGGUGACGGACAUGAUUUUCCAUGUGCGAUAUUUGCGAGUAAAUGAAAUACAAAAGUUCUUUUUUUGAUCU